AAACGUAUGCAAAUGCAAAUGUUUGUACGGGAGAUUAUUUACGAAACUUAUAACCUAAAUGUUUUAGCAAAAUAUCUAACUUUUUAGUAUAAAACUGUGCAAAUUAUGCAUCUAAUAGUUCUGUACUAAAACUACGUCAAUUAUGCAUUUAAUAGUUCUGUGCUGAAACUAUGCCUCGUGAAAAAUCUCGUUACCGUGAUAGGCGUAGCUCGUCUUACAGUUCUGAAUCGUCCUACGAGCGAAAGAAAUCAAAAAGCAAACAUAAACGUAGGUCCCGCUCGCGAGAUCGCUCUGAGUCUAGCAGUCACCGACGGAGACGCUCCGUUUCGCGAUCGAGGCAUAAGAGGAGUUAUUCUAGAAGCUUAUCUAGGGAGCGCGAUAGGUACGAGUCCAAAUCCAAGAGGAGAUCGUCUUCGCGGUCACGUACUAAGCGCUCUAAACGUUCUGUCUCGAGGAACCGGUCCCGUUCCAGCUCUCAUGGAAGAUCUAGAUAUAAGAGCAAGAAGUCGAAGAGGUCCAGGUCUUCUAGCAGUCGCUCAAGUUCGUUUGAUAUUGAAAAACCUCAACCUUCCAAAAAGGUGAACUUAGAUGACACAGAAACAAAAGUAGAAAGGGCAAUCAAAGCUGCCGCAGCUGCUGGUCUCACCAUGACCAAAAUACCAACUUAUGAAUACAAGGACAUUGAAAUCAAAGAAGAUAUGCCAACAAUACACGACAGAAACUUGUUGGCUGAAUUCAACAAUGAUUCGUUUGUCCAGAAGUCCUUCACAUCUUCAAGGACUAAGAAACAGUCACAAAACAUUGUCAUAGACCUGAAUUCUCAGACAGUGACAGUCCCUGAAUCGGAGGCCAAGAAUGAUGAUUCCAUUAUUAAUUUUGAUGCAAUCCCUAGCGAGGAGGAGCUCAAAGAGAUGUGGAUAAAGAAAUUGUACCAGUACAGGAAGAAAAUGCUUAGAGGAGAAAUAUAAAAAAAGAUAUCAACAGCACUAAAAAGUUUUAUUGUACUUUACAUUACUUAGU